GGCGACUGACUCCGCGUCCACGUUUCUUCAACAGUCGACGUUUAGGACCGGCAACGUACAGUGAGUGCUCGUGUACCAUCGAAUUAUUACGAAGGAUUUUCUCAGGAUGGUCAACCGGAUCACUUCGAUAUCAUUUAUAGUGGAUAACAGUAAUGAAUCCAAAGAGGGAAGCGCAGAUUUUGAAAAAGCCAUCAGAUAUUGCGGAUACGGAAAGUUUCAUUAUGGCUUGAUGUUACUCUGCGGUAUGAUGUUCCUCUCCGUUGGUUUUCAAAAUAGUAUAAAUGCUUACAUCUUACCUUCGGCCGAAUGCGAUUUGAAAUUGUCUUCCGCAGAUAAAGGGCUCUUAAACGUCGCCUUUCUCGUGGGUGGAGUUAUCAGUUCAAUCUUUUGGGGUAUCUUCGCGGAUGCUUACGGUAGAAGAAACGUCCUUUUGGUGACCUUUAUGAUUGAUAGCAUUUUUUCAAUUAUCUCGAGUUUCUCUCAAAGCUUCAACAGUUUAUUGAUCUUUCGUACAAUUAAUGGUUUCACAAUCGGUGCUCCUGGAUCAUUGAUCUACACUUAUCUCGGUGAAUUUCAAUCGGAAAAGUAUAGAUCUAAGAGCAUCUGUUACGUUGGCUUCUUCUGGACUCUCGCUUGGCUCAUAUUACCUGGUCUCGCCUGGAUAAUAAUACCACUUACGAUUUCGAUCGAGUUCAACGGUAUCUCUUACAAUUCUUGGAGACUUUUAUUAGCAUCGAUCAGCUUACCAACAUUUUUCGUAGCUCUUGUUACUUUAACUUAUCCGGAAAGUCCCAAAUUUUUACUUUCACGAGGCAAGACCGAAGAAGCAUUGAGAAUUUUAAAAAAAAUUUAUGCCAUCAAUACCGGUAAAAGAGAGGAGAAUUAUCCGGUGAAAACUCUUUUGUCUGAAAGUACAAUGAUCACAAGAAAAGAAGGAUCUACUUUAUCAGUAUUUGGAUUGUUUACAAUCUUAUUGAAAAACAUUUGGUCUCAAAUUCGAUCAAUCUCCUCGUUUCCACUUUUAAAAUAUGCCAUACUCUGUUGGACGAUAUAUUUCACUAAUAUGUUUGGGUAUUACGGAUUGGGUCUCUGGCUUCCUGAGCUCUUCAAUCGUUUUGAGAUAUAUCAAAAAUUACAUCCAAACGUAACGAUAACCGUUUGCGAAUUGAUAAGAAAAACAGAUAUAUUAAAUCAUUCGAACAUUAAAUCAACAACAUUAAAUGAAUCUGUAAUUCUUCAUCCAUUGAUGAACGCGACGGAGAAAUGUGUUAGUACAAUGGAUAAAAAGGUUUUUACUAAUGCAUUAACGAUUAAUGCCGUUUGUUUAUUGGGAAAUAUGGCAUCUGGUUAUUUCGCAGAUCGGGUUGGUCGUCGAACAAUACCAGUAACUACUAUGUUGAUAGCUGGUGUCUUUGGGUUCGCAACUUACUUCGUCAAAUCUUCCUUACAAAUUCUCGUAGUGACCUGUCUGUUUUCACUGACAAUAGCCACGGCAAAUUUUGUAAUAGGAAGUGUUGUGGUCGAUAUCUUUCCAACGCACGUAGGAGCGAUAGCUAUCUGCAUGAUGACAUGCUUUGGUAGGAUCGGUGCCAUCGCAAGUAAUUUGGCCUUUGGUAUGCUUCUCGAUAUCAGUUGCGAGGUGCCAAUUUUCUUAGUGGGCAGCAUCGUUAUUGCCGGAGGUAUCCUAGGAUUGUUGUUACCAAAAAGAAAUAGCUGAGGAAAAUUUCUGAUAAACGACGAGUUCAAAAGUAUUCGUCUACUUUUUUGUUUCUUUUUUUUUUUAUUUUUUUUUUUUUUUUUUUAUUUUUUAUUUGUUCUUUUAUCAAUCCCAAUUUCUUACUCGGGAAUGCUAAUCUCAUCGUUUAAAUCUAUUAGUAUGUUUUGAUGAGAAAUAAUAUUGUGGUUCGCGUGAUCCCUUAAUAUAAUUUUAUUUAUUGAAACUAGACUUUAUAUAGCAUGGAAAGUAUAUGAAUAAUGUAAUUAGAACGAUAAUUUUUAAUUUCUCCUAAAAGAAAACGGAAUAUCUAUGUUAAGAAUGUUAAUUGUAAUCGUUUAUUUUAUCGACGAUUAUUAGAGAUCGUUACAUUAUCGACUGAUCGUUACCGACCGUUUUUCUUACCGACGUAUUUUCAUUCUUCACUUUUCACACGAAUAUCUUGACUUUUUAAAGUGCUGCCAUCUCUUGUUACGUAACAUUAUUCUUUCAGAAAAUUUUUAAAGAGCAACGAUACUCGAUAGAUAAAUCGAAUUUAUAGAACUUUGCUAUCUAACGUAAAAUAUUCGCGACGAUCUAAGAAAAGAAUAAUGUUAUAAAAUACGAGAUGAAUUCUUUCUUCUUUCCCCGCCUCACCCUUCCACGCCUCCUCACUCUAAGCGUGACUCUUUUUUUUAGUUUCAAAUUCAAUAGAUAUUUAAAUCAAUACGGGUUUUUUUUUUUUUUUUAAACAUGAAAAUACCGAAUAUAUGAUAAUAAAACAAGAAAACUUACUUUGAGCGUUCAGAAUUUUCUAUCCACACCGACUCGUCGUUUUGUGGCAAAACAACACUUGACACCUGUAUUAUUGGUAUAUGUUAAACGUGAUCGGUUGGUUAAUAACGUAUCUACGAAGGAGA